UCAGCGCUUGUUGUGGAUUUCAGGAUAUGGACAUAAUUUUCCGCCUAGUUCAUGGGUGCUCUUUUUGAUACUAGAUGCGUAAGCCCGUUAAACGAAAACUUCUAUUCCAUUCACAACCAUUUGAACUUCAAGGAGAAAUUAGUCGAUUUUGUGGAAACUUUAUUUGAGGGAGUGCAACAACCAAAAUGACCGUUGAUUUUUGGCUCUCAUUCAAAAUAUUCCCGUUGUAUGGGACAGUAAAUUUACUUCGAAUUGAGGCGUUGUAACAAAUCAAUUAGCGUAUGAUGCUACUUCCAAAUGUAUCGCGAGAUUUGCAGAUAGCAAUUUUCAAAGCUUGUAAGUUGCUGAUUUUCAUUUUCUUCUUCUAAAGACCCUAAAAAUAUAAAAUCUUGUAAUGAUUGGUUCAGUUUUCUCAAUCAUAUGGAAAGAAAAGUUAGAUCAUUGGAUCUGGAGUCAACAGCGACUAACAUACUUUUAAAUUUAUAUAAAAGUGCUGUAGAUUCAUUAGAGGUGAAUUGGUCAGAUGAAAUUUAUCUUACAAUUUUUAUCAGAACAGCAGUUUUAGCAUCAUACGAGAAUUCGGACUGUGGUCCUGCAUUUCUGAGCUUAUGUUCUAUAAAUGGACGUCGAAAUCCACAGUUGAUUGCGGCUGUAGCUUAUUAUUAUUCUAAACAAGGAGAUAAAAGUAGAGCUAAAAGUCUUUUAAACUCUACAAAAAAGUGUGUAGACAUAUGUGGGGUGGAAUUGUUGUGUAGAGCCGAAAGUAUGCUAGAUACAGACGAUGAUUUCAAAUCGUUAUUAGGACCAUUUUAUUACGAACCAGACUUUUAUAUUCAAGAUAUAAAUUGUUCUCAGGCAAGUUCAAGUGAAGUUUCUUCAAUUCUGGAUUCUACUUGUCCAAAUGAUCACACAGAAGAACGUUCUCAGUCUGUGAUAGAUAUCAAUUUUGAACCGAAUGGAAAUUCACCAAACUAUCUUAAUAAUUGUAAUGCAGUUGAAUCAAUACAAAUAACUCGUCCAUCCAGGGAUUCAUAUAAUUUUCCCUCGUCCCUCAAAUUACCAGUGCUUCCAGAAGAAUCGUCAGUUACUUCAGUCACAAGUAAUCCACAUAUGGAAUCAUUACAACAGCCUGAACUAUCCACCAUUGUUGGUUCGAUUAAAUUGAUUGGAAGUUGCCAAAAGGUAUUUCCGUUUAAUUCGGAUACGAAAUUGAUUUCUGUCGGUGUGCAAACUGAGCUGGUCAAUGAAAGUGAACAAUUUAUUAUUGUUAAUGGUAAAAAGUAUCAAGUAAUUAAUGAAUUGGGACGGGGAGGUUCAUCAGUGGUGUAUUGGGCUAUGGACUCCGAUUUAAAUUCAUGGGCGGUGAAAAAAGUUGAUUUGAAAAAUCUUACACAAGAAACAGUUACGUCGUAUAUAAAUGAGAUUGAGAUGCUUAAAAGUUUGAUAAAUUCCGACAGAAUUAUCCGACUAUAUGAUUAUCACUGUACAUCAGAAAAUCUCAUACUUGUUAUGGAGAAAGGAGAUUGUGAUUUGAAAAGUGUAAUUCUUAGCUUUUGGUCUGAUGCAAAAAAAUCGCCUCGUUCACCAUCAGGUAUGCUUUCAUCUGGGAUUGUAUUCUACUGGGAUCAAAUGUUGCGGUGUGUGAAAGCACUUCAUGAUCGUCGUAUUGUUCACUUAGAUUUAAAACCACAAAAUUUUGUUCUUGUCUAUGGACAGUUGAAGCUUAUUGAUCUAGGGCUUAGUCGUUUGUUACCAGAUGAUUCAACAACUGUAAUCCAUUGGCUAAAGUUGGGAACAUUAUCUUUCAUGAGUCCAGAACAGUUGGAAGAAGCUGCUGCUACUCCUUCAUCCUCAUCUAGCCUAAAUCAGUCGUUUUUCUUUGGUCCUAAAGUUGACCAAGAAGAUCGUUUUAAGGUUGGUCGUAAAUCGGAUAUUUGGUCAUUAGGUGUAAUCCUUUAUAUGAUGGUCUACGGUCAGUUACCUUUUAAUCAAGAUAAACUUCACUCUCGUCUAUCAGCCAUUAUAAGUCCCAGUGUAAAAAUAUCUUUGCCAGCUAUCAAGAAUAAAUCUAUUUAUAAGGCAUUAGAACGGAGUUUAGUUCGAAAUCAUCUAGAAAGAGCAUCUGUUGAUGAAUUACUGAGUUAUGAAUAUGUGUCUAGUACAUCAGCUGCUGACUUAUGAUGUCUGAAAAAAACAGUCCGUUAUUCUUCAAUACCGGGACAUAUUUUUUGUAUAUAAAUGUACAUAUUUCUUAUUUUGUAUUAUUUUCUUACAUUUCUAGUUUUGCAACCUAUUUAUAUCAUUUAGUCACUUAUUUUCCCUUCCUUUGUUCGUUCUUUUUUUUUGUCACAAUUACUUCCCCGUGUUUAUAUUGUUGUUUUUUUUCUCCAUACAGUUAUGUAUUUCAGAGUAUCUGAAGACUCAAUCACAAUCACCAUAUUGUAGUGUAUAAGUUUAUAGUAAUACUUAUCAUCAUAAGAUUGAUUGAAUAUUUAUAUCAUGAGUUGUUUUCUUUUUUAUGACGAAUAAUAAAUUGUUUCAC